AUGAUGGAGAAGGAGGACCAAUUAGAGUUCUGCUUUCCACAACUCAUCAACAUCUCCUGCAGGAAGCCCACAUCUCAUUGGUCUGAUGGUGUUUUUUUAAGUGUUCUGCUAGGCAUCAUCUCCAUCUUCACUGUGGUUCUCAACUUGCUGGUCAUCAUUUCAAUCUCCCACUUCAGGCAGGUCCACACUCCCACCAACCUCCUCCUCCUUUCUCUCGCUGUCUCUGACUUUCUGGUGGGCCUACUGGUGUGGCCUGGUGAGAUCUAUAUGAGAACAUCCUGCUGGACUCUUGGUGAUGUUUUUAGUUUUCUGUGGUUCUACAUGACAGUAACACUGACAUCUGCAUCAGUAGGAAACAUGGUGCUGAUAUCAGCUGAUCGUUAUGUGGCUAUUUGUGAUCCUCUGCAUUAUAACACCAAAGUCACUGUGAGAAGAGUUCAACUUUGUGUUUGUCUCUGUUGGUUCUUUGCUCUGCUCCUGUGUAGCAUCAUUUUGAAAGAUGGUCUGACUCAUCUCGGAAAGUCUAAUUCCUGCUAUGGAGAGUGUGUUAUUGGCAUUGGCUUUGAAGGACGAAUUAUUGACCUUGUCAUGGUCUUCAUCCUUCCUCUCAGCAUCAUCAUCACUCUGUACAUGAGAGUGUUUGUGGUUGCUGUGUCUCAGGCCCGAGCCAUGAGCUCUCAUGUUACAUCAGUCACACUACAACAUUCAGUCUUUGUCAGAGUAAAAACAUCAGAGUUGAAGGCAGCCAGGACUCUUGGUAUCCUUGUCCUUGUCUUUCUCAUGUGUCUCUGUCCAAUUUACAGUGUUUCUCUCGCAGGUGACAACAAAAUAAUAUCUUCAUUUGCAAAGUAUGCUAUUUAUCUGUUUUAUUUAAACUCCUGUUUAAACCCGUUGAUCUAUGCCUUGUUUUAUCCCUGGUUUAGAAGAGCUGUUCGACGAGUUGUCACUCUGCACAUUCUGCAGCCUGGCUCCUACGGGGACAACAUACUGUAA